GCCGCCCCACCUCCCACUCUCUGGCCGUCGUCCCGCGGCCGCCCGGCAGUCCGGUGUAUGUGCGGCAACAACAUGUCGGCGCCGCUCCCCGCCAUCGUCCCGGCCGCCAGGAAGGCGACGGCCGCCGUGAUUUUUCUUCAUGGACUGGGAGACACCGGGCAUGGAUGGUCAGAAGCACUUGCUGGUAUCAAAAGCCCCCAUGUGAAAUACAUUUGCCCGCACGCGCCAUUUAUGCCAGUUACUUUGAACAUGAACAUGAGUAUGCCAUCGUGGUUUGAUAUCAUUGGACUUUCUCCAGAUUCGCAGGAAGAUGAAGUUGGGAUCAAACAGGCAGCAGAGAAUGUUAAAGCACUAAUAGAUCAAGAAGUAAAAAAUGGAAUUCCUUCUAAUCGAAUUAUUCUGGGAGGCUUUUCUCAGGGUGGUGCUUUAUCAUUGUAUACAGCCCUUACAACACAUCAGAAGUUAGCAGGUGUUGUAGCCCUCAGCUGUUGGCUUCCUCUACGGACUUCUUUUGUUCAGGGUGCUGUUGGUGUCAACAAGGAGAUUCCUGUACUUCAGUGCCAUGGGGACUGUGACCCACUUGUUCCUUUAAUGUUUGGUUCUCUUACUGUUGAGAAGCUAAAGACUAUGAUAAAUCCAGCCAAUAUAACCUUCAAAACUUACUCUGGCAUGAUGCAUAGUUCAUGUAUUGAGGAAAUGAUGGAUAUAAAGCAGUUCAUAGACAAACAUCUACCCCCUGUGGACUGAAAUGAUAUGUGAGAAGCCUUCUACGUAAACACCAGCAUCAACUGUGGUAGAGUUAGUCUUUUCACAUGCCUGAUAAGAAAGCAUUACUUCUGUACCUGCAGUGUUACUACUGUGUUGCAAAUCAAUACUUAAGGAGUAAAUUUUACACGUAUGCAAGAAAUGAUAAUCUUUCUAGUGUUGAUCACCCACUGAUGGAAUUGAAAAAUGAUGCAGCUAGGUAACAGUGAUGGAAUGUAACCUGAAUGUAACUAUUUUAAGACUUCUGAAUGCAGAAUUUUGAACUAUUUGUACAAUCAAAGACUAAACUUACGUGAGCAACAUAAAUGUGACCAGUUUAGUAUACUUGAGACAUGAUUUGUUCUUAGUACUCGUUGGAAAUAAAUUAAAACAUUUCGUGUAUGUAAUGGAUGUAUGAAGUACACAACAUGUAACAAAGUGAGCAUAUGAUUGUAGAAUAAAUGUUACUGAGGACAAAGCUUUAAAUGUUAAGCAUUAAUUGUUGCUCCAAAUAGGAAGGGCUUUUCUUCUAGGACGACUAUUACAGUCAAUAGAAAGAUUUCCUGUAUUUAAAACGCCUCAGUUUUAAAUGUUUUCAUACAGGUAGAUACCGUAGAAAUUAUAAAGGUACUCAUUCCUCGUUAGACCAUCGUUUGUUGCUGUGCUGCUGCCAUUUGUUUUAGAUCACUAUAAAUUGAUGCCAAAUGAAAUGCUGACUCGAACAGAAUUCUGAAGAAGCGCGUAGGAAUAAUUUGAAUUUUGUUUAAAAUUUCUAUUUUCAUAUUGAAUAUUCACUCUAUACUUUAAAGAUGUAGCUUUCAUUCAUGUAGAAAUGUCGAUGAUGUAUUUUACAUGAGCUAUUCCACUCCUGCUGUGGAGUAACUAAAUGAAAGCGGUGCAGCUGUGUAGUUUGUAGUUUUGUGUAUUGCUGAAGUCUCAUCUGUAACACAUUCUUACCACCCACUACUUUCUUUACUUUAUACUGACACUUGAGAUUUGUCUGGGAAAGAACACAAUGUUAUUUUCAAUUGUAUGAUUUUACAUUUCUCUGGAUUCUUGUAGCUUAAAAAUAUGGUCACCUACUAUUGGGAAAAGGUCAAGAUACACAAUGUUACUUCUUUAAGAAGAUCACAAUUCUAGAGUGCACUGGAUUACAGAAUAAUUGCAACAGCUUUCUUUUUUUUUCUUUUGUAAUUUACUUUCAGAAACGUGAGGAGUGUUUAAAAAAUACACUUUGCUUUUUACUAUAUAAUAUGCUGCUUAACAAUGUCCCAUACUAAAAUAUGUAUGCAAGCAAAGAAUGUUCCUGUCUUGAAUGCAUCUGUGAUGAUCUGUUUUGUCAGCAUUGUGAUUCAUACCAGCAUAAAAGGUACUUAUUCCUCAUCCAGAUUAAUCAGUGGUCCUCUUACAGUACAUUUGGAUUUAUAUCAGGGCCAUCUGCCAGUACAAAUAUAUAUAUUGGGAACUGCGGUCUUUAACAUAGCUGCUACCAGAAAUCUGACACGUUCACCUUGUCAGAGUUCUCAGAUUUUAGUGCAUUUCUUCAUAUGUAUUACACUUCAUUUUUAGAAAGCCAGUUUUUUAAUCCAGUUUCUCUAGAUUACUACAUAUCUCUUAAUAUAUAAAACUUAAGAAAUGAUUUAUUUUCAUGGUAUUGAAACAAUUCUAGAAAUUCUGUCUAUGGCUGAGGAGAAUAUCAGGUUUGAAGUUUAAUUAGUUUUUUCAGUUGGUCACCAUCGUCUAUAUAUUUGCCAAUUUGUCUUACAGCUGAUUUCUUUCACGGAAGGAACCGUAAUGUUAUUGCAGUUGUGCCAAUGUUCUGUUGAGAAAAUAUUAUUUUCUAGCUUGGAGUCAUUCCCAAAUUGUAUUAACUAAUUUUGCAGUCCUGCCGAAUUGCAAACUUGGAAGCAAAGUUAUGUAUUCCCCUAUUUUUUAGGUGGCUGCUCAUUCCUUUAUGUCUAAAUUAUGCCCUGAAUAUCAGUGUGUUUCAAAAGUUCUACACGAGCCUCUUAUUUUUUUCCUGUACCGUUUCUUCGUCCUGUUUGUAAGUUGUCCUGUAACACCAUUCUCGUGCUCUUGUUCAUCUUCUAAUUGACUGUCUACUUGUUUGAUGUUUUUUCCUUCUAUUGAGAUAAUUAAAAAUACUUUUAAGAUGCUAAAGUGAGAUCACUCCUCGCUUUAUUCUGUCUUCGGGUUUUUCUGAGGCACUGUGUUCAUAGUUUGCAGUCAGUUUUUAGUACUUCUGCAUUUUCAGCUGUUAGCUUCAACUGUUUUCUCCAUGAUGCUUUUGGAUGUUCUCCUAUAAAUGCUUUAUAUGGUAAUUGCCUUCAAAUACCCUGCUUUCAUAACAAGAUUGUUUGUUAUACUGUUGUUUUGCUGCUUGCUUAAACCACAGAGAGCUGUGUUAACCAAAGUGAAUGUAAGUAAAUGUCGUGACUUA